CUUUACAUCUCUCGCAAUAAAAUUCAUGAGAAAAACAACCAUUCGCACCAAGAAAACCAACAAACAAGAAGAAGGAAGGAUCAAUAGGAACAAAGAAUGAAGUUGUUGAGAAGGGCUUCCGGAGCGUUAAAAGAUCGAAGCAGUCUCCUCAAGGCGAGUUUGACCGUUCGAUCCACGCUCCGGAAUCCAGAUAUUGGGGUGGCAGUCAUUAAGGCCACCACCCAUGAUGAAUCAUGCGUUAAUUACCGUAGCAAUCAACGCGUGUUUGCUUGGGUCAGAAUUUCGGAUGAUCACCUGUGCCUUGUUUUGUGGGCCAUCUCGGAUCGGAUGGGGAGGACCCGAACCUGGGCGGUGGCCUUGAAGGGUCUCAUGCUUUUGCAUGGAGUUUUCUGUUGCAAGGUUCCCGGGAUUCAACAGAUCGGACGGUUACCAUUCGAUCUGUUGAAUUUCGAAGAUAAACAUGGAAAGCGCAGAAAGAUGUCGGGUCUGAACGAGUUUAUCUGCGCUUACUAUGUUUUUCUGGAUCAGAAAUCGUCGUUUAUAUUCCUCCAUUCGCAGGAACAGAGAGAACGAAGGGUCAAGAGACAAUUGGAGUUAUUGGCUGGAAACGAAACAAGUGAUGAACAGAAAGAGAAGUCGAUGAUCCAAGAUCUUAUUUGGUUACAGAAACUCCAAGGUUUGCUCGACACGUUGCUCCAGAUACGACCGAAAUCGAUCCAAAUGGUGAACACGCUCGUUCUCGAAGCCAUGGACUGCAUAGUGGUUGAGAUUUACGAUAUCUUCAGCCGUAUUUGCAACGGGAUCGCAAGCGUUCUGGUGAAAGUUUACUCUGCAGAGAAAAACGAAGCCGAAAUGGCCUUCUCCAUUCUGCAGAAAGCAAAAGUUCAACACGAAGAACUCUUGUUCUAUUUCGAGUUCUGCAGGGAAAUCGGGGCCGUUAACGCCUCCGAAUCUCCCAAAAUGGAACAAAUUCCCAAAGAAGGCAUCCAAGAACUCGAGCACAUAAUAAAUGGAGAAUCAGAGCAAUCCAAAACCGACAGAUCUCCAAAAGAAGAGGAGAAAUCCAUCAUUGUUGUGGAGUAUCAGAAAUCGAACAAAAAUCAUAGUCGCAAGAACUCAGUAUCAAGUUCGAAAACUGUAAUUACCGAUGAUUGGGAGCUUUUCGACGAAGAACAAAAGAAAUCGUAUCAGAAUAUUGAGCUUAUCGAUCUGGUUUCUGCAUCUGCGAAGAACAACGCCAGUGUAGAUCAUUUGGUGCGACGAAAAAUAGUUGAAGUACCCGAUCUGAUAGUUUUCUGACUCCUCGCUCGGAUUAGCAUCUUUAGAUCCAGAAGAACAUUAGCAAAUUUAGAAGUUUUUCAUUCGUCUGUACGUGAAAUUGAUUAUAAAUCCUAAAUGCUUUUCAUCUGAAAAUUGCAUCGAAUCAAAACCAACUUUGAGCUAGGAAGGGAAUCCAAUAAGAUGGUUGAUUUUUCUCAAAAUCCAGAGUAAUCAUGGGAACAAAGAAGGGAAAUUAAGAAAAACAUACAUAAAGAAAUGUGCGUUUAGCGUCUAUAUGUGUACCAUUCUUAUGAUUCCUUUCCAAUCGAUCUCCAA